AUGUCGGCGGCGUGGAGAGCGGCGGUGGCGGCGGCCGCCCGAGCCCCGCUGCGGGGGCGGCUCGCCGGGAUGCGGCCCCCGCGCAGCCAGCGCCGCCCGUCCGCAUGGGGGGCCGCCGCCGCCGCCGCUGCUCUGGUCGGGGGAGGCUGCCUGGCGGCGUGUUACAGAGGGCGGCCGCGCGUGUUCCCGGCGGUGCUGGCUCAGAAGGAAGAUGUCAUUCAUGCAGAUGUGGAUGAAAGGCUGUGUCUUCGAAAGCACCGCUUCAUGCAUUUUGCAUCGUUGGAAUAUGAAGGAGAAUAUUACAUGACACCAAGAGAUUUCUUGUUCUCAGUAAUGUUCGAUCAAGUUGAACGCAAAGCCUCAGCCAAGAAACUGACAAAAAAGGAGGUAGAUGCUGCACUGCUGUAUGUUGCCAAAGCUAAACCAGGACCAACCUUUUUUAGAGAGCUUGGUGAUAAAGGGUUGAUUUCUUAUGCAGAGUAUCUGUUUUUGCUGACAAUUCUUACAAAACCCCAGACUGGACUUCAGAUUGCCUUUAAAAUGUUGGAUGCAGAUGGCAAUGAACAAGUUGAAAAGAAAGAAUUCUUUAAGCUACAGAGAAUCAUUGGGAAGGAAGAUGACUUGAAAGCAGCUGGAGAUGAAACUGUACUUCGGGAAACAGAACUGGACAGCUGUGGUGUUAAUACUGUGUUGCUGGUACAUUUCUUUGGAAAACAAGGAAAGGAAAAACUUCGCUUUUCCGAGUUUUUCAGAUUCAUGGAAAAUCUUCAAACAGAAGUCCAAGAAAUGGAAUUCAUCAAGUUUUCAAAGGGUUUGAACGUCAUGAGAAAAGAAGACUUUGCGGCAUGGUUGCUGUACUUCACUGAUGAGGAAAACAAUGAAAUUUACUGGCAGAAUGUGAAAGACAGAAUCGAAGCAGGAGAGAACAUCAGUUUGGAAGAAUUCAAGACUUUCUGCAAGUUUACAAAUAAUCUGGAAGACUUUUCCAUCGCCAUGCAGAUGUUUACUGUAGCCAAUCGUCCUGUUAAGCGGGCUGAGUUCAAGAGAGCAGUGAAGGUGGCAACAGGACAGGAUCUGUCAGAUAAUGUUUUGGAUACCAUCUUCAAGAUUUUUGAUCUAGAUGGAGAUGACUGCCUCAGCCACAGCGAGUUUCUUGGAGUCCUGAGGAACCGAAUUCAUCGAGGCUUGAGGGUACCACAGCAGCAAGGCAUUCAAGGUUUCUGGAAGUGUGUGAAAAAAGAAAGCAUUAAAGAAGUCAAAGAACUUUGGAAGCAAACUGGGAAAAGUCCUUUUUAAAGCAGUCCAUUUUUCUUUUGCUUAAGUGGUUUUUCAUUAGGGGAGUUUGUCUGUCCUGUUUACAUAAUAACUAAAUCAAAAAUGCUCCUUUUUUUUAGCUAUAGUUAAAGUUUAGUUAACCCAGACUCCAAUGCAAUUAUUUUAUAAUCAUUACAGUGCAAUCAGUUUGGUUUACAGAACUGGUGUCGCUUUUGGCCUCCAUACCAAAGUACUCUUGUUCUGGGGAAUAGUGUUGUUUACU